GUCAACAAGAAUCUAGCUGUUCUCAUUCUAGAAUCUUGAUUCUGGAUUCUAUGAAUUGAUGGAGGAUCUCCAAGUUUUUAGUUUCUACUGGGACAUUCUUACAAAAAUUUUGUCCAAAUAAUUUUCUCUUCUAGUGAUUUUAUCUUUAAUCGGUAGUUAGUGAGUUGAUUAAUUUGACAAUAAAAUAUUGUCUGAAAGAUAUUGACCACAACGUCGACUUGCCUGAAUCAUUAUGGCGACCCCUUCUGCCGGUGUGGUGGUGCCAAGGAACUUUCGCCUGCUUGAAGAGUUGGAAGCAGGACAAAAGGGUGUUUCAGAUGGAACAAUCAGCUGGGGCUUAGAAAAUGAUGACGAUAUGACUCUGACCCACUGGAUGGGCAUGAUCAUUGGACCCCCGAGAACACCAUAUGAAAAUAGGAUGUAUUCUGUGAAAAUUGAGUGUGGUCAGAAAUACCCUGAUGAUGCUCCAACUGCAAAAUUUAUCUCAAGGAUAAAUAUCAACUGUAUUAAUAGUAAUACUGGAGUGUUGGACAACAGACAGGUUCCAGUACUGGCAAGGUGGCAGAGAGAAUACACUAUCAAGACAGUGUUACAAGAGGUGCGCAGAUUGAUGACACUGAAAGAAAACAUGAAGCUGACACAGCCUCCAGAGGGCAGCUGCUUCUAGCCUACAAGUCAGCAGAGCACCCUACCACCCCAACCAUCUCUUGCUUUUCCCCUCAAUAUUGAUACCUGCACCACUCCAUCAUGUUCUCUGCUGUAAACAAAAACUCCAUUCAAGUGUGUUUUCAAUGUAAUGUUGGAGGUAUGUAGUCAAAAAACAUUUAUGCAACUGAAUUCAAUCAAAUUGACAAGUUUGGAACCAUGGAAAAGCCAUAAAUUUAAUCAUGAAACACAAAUUCAUUGACAUUUUAAUAUGCAACUACUUUUUUGAUUAUUGGUAUAUGAAAAUUCAGGUGAUAGGAGUUCAUCAACCUUGGAACUUUUGUAUUAACAGCAAAUAUGGAUAAUCAGUCAUAGUUCACCCAAGUCAUGUACUACAUUGUCAAAAAAAAUAGAUUUUAUAAAAUUGAUAAUAUUUCUGAGAUUCAGAAGUCUUCUUGGAAACACAGUGUUGUGUAUUUCACAUUUUUGGGAAAGUUGCAUAGAUGGUAACACAGUGAAGUAUAGAGCUUUAUGUGGCUGAGUUUUAAGUCUCCUUUAAGUUAUUAAGUUUACUUAUUAUAUUAUGAACUUGUAUGGAUAAUUAUUAA